AAAUUUAAUAAUACCAGUAGUCAGCAGUGAUACUAGCACUAGCACAAGUGCAUCUACUACAAGUUCACCAACAACUACAACUUCUGGAGGAACCAAACUUAAUAUGUUUAAAAACUUUUUUAAAUCAUUUGUUCCACCAGUGAGAGAUGAAGAAAGUGAAACUCAAAGGAAAGCCCAUGCCAAACGAGUUCGUGAAACGAGAAGAUCCACUCAAGGUGUUACCUUAGAAGAAAUUAAAUCUGCAGAGCAGUUUAUAAAGAAACAAAACAAUAACAAUAAUGAAAUGGCCACAGCAUCGGAUUCUUUAAAUGGAGUGAAUGUUACAAUAAAAACUGCUUCGCCAACAAUAAUAACUCGUGAAUGUGAAGAAUCUCCCUCGGCAGUCGAAAGAAGGCCCUCAUGGAGAAUGAAAAUAGAUAAUGGUACCUGCAAGUUUAAGUUGGAAGAUGCCACAAAACCACAGGAAGGUCCUAGAACACCUCCAUUUAUUCGCAGAGCCAAUGCAUCCUCAAAUACUGUUCAAAGACCAUCCUCGGAGCCAAUUGAAACUGCAGAUACAACAGUUACAAUACAAUUACGAAGGCCGAAAUCACUAGAGGAGAAAGAACAAGAUAAAGAAAAUGAUGUUAGGAAUGCCCAAGCAACACUUGCUACACAAGCAGCUAUACAAAGAAGAAGAAGGCCUAAGAGACGGUCAACAGGUGUUGUAUCAUUUGAUAACAUAGAUGAUUUGGAUAAAGAAAAAGAACUAAUACAUGGGGGAGACUGUGAGGAAUCUAUAAAAUUAAGUCACCAAGAGGACAGAAAAGGAGGAAAGGAUGACAACAUCCUAUCAGCCGAACGCGCAGUUAGGUUAAGUGUACCGGAAAGAGACAACAGCACCAGCAACAGUACACCCAACCACGUCGUACCUGAAAGAGAAAUAAGAUUAACUAUGACCUGUGUCUCCACUCAUAGAACAGAAAGGAAAUGGGACACAACAUUCUAUCAGCAGAGCGCGCAGUUAGGUCGAAUGCACCGGACAGUGACAACAGUGCACCCUUCCUUGUCAUGUUCCUGCGGUUUGGUACGACCUGCGUUUCAACUCAUAGGACAGAAAAAGGGGGAGACAACAUCCUGUAAGCCGAACGCGCAGUUUAGGUCUAUUGCACCGGACGGAGACAACAGUGCACCUUUCCUUGUCGUGGUACGGCGGAUAACUGAAAAGACAAGAUAUGAUUAG